AUCGAUAUAUUUAGUUAUACUCGUCUUCGGGAGUGUCAUCCCAAUUUUCGUUUGUUUUCAUUCUUGAAAUAUAUUUGUAGAGUCCUUCAAAAAGUUGUGGAAUGUUUGUGUGGGGCUAUUAAAAUUCUUAUAAUCAGAUGAACCUAACGGACGUACCAAUGCAGCCAUUCAUUGUAAUACGCAACUACCGCGAUGAUGAUGAGCUUAAAUGCCAAGAACUGGUGCGCGACUAUAUUAUGUCCUUCGUGAAGAAGUCCUUCUACUGCUUUUGUUUUAGAGAGAUAACUUUACAAUUCAUUGUAAUAACAUGGGCUAUACUCUUCAUUUUCAUUGGAGUGCCACUACAUUUUUGUGCAAUGACCAUUCCCGGCUGUAUAUUUUUUUUGUACUCUGGAACCUACUUUUCGUUUUACGCAAAAGCAGUUGAACUUAUGAAUACAAAACCGUCACAAAGUCUAGUAGCAGAGUGCUAUGAGCCAUUUAUAUUUCGUCUCAAACCACGAGAAGCGACAUUCCAAAUAUUUUUGGAGGAAUCUCCAUAUGAACAAUCAUAUAAAAACAAGUUUAGAAAAAAGAUUAUCGCUACCGUAAGCGUGAAAAAACACAAUUCACUCUACAACGCUGCUUGGAUGUAUCGUUUCGCUGUGGCGCCAGACUAUCCCUUUCACAAAGUCGCCGAACCAAUGCUCAACUUGGUGUCUAAAAAAUGUGUAGCAAAUGGAUGUAGUUCUUUAGAAUGCACAAUUUCCGAGUGGCAAGAAGAAGAACGCGACUUUUAUGACAACAUGGGUUUUGUCACGCGUCAGAUUUAUCAUAAGCAAAUAAUAGGAAGCAGUUUGACAGUAAUGAAAACACUUCUCACUCAUGAUCUUCGUGCUGACGAUGCUUCGCUACAUCCAAAAAUAGAAAUAAUAACAUAGCGACACUGCCGAUCAAAUAUACUGCACUGAACAAAACACAGAAGCCUUCCGAAGCAUUCCUUAUCCUAAUACUCACAGCAAAUGCGCACACUAUAGUCAAAUUAACUACGAAUACAUGUAUUUUUACAAUAAAACUCACACUCCAUUUUUACAAAUAGAAA